UACUCCUUCGUGAAUAAUUCAUGUAUAAAAAUAAAACUUAUAAAGUCUGAGGAAAAAAUAAAUUAUCUUCACGUUUAAAUCUUCCAUCUUAAAAAUAUAACCUUGUACGUGAAAGUCGAAAAAGAAUUACAUUAAGGAUUAAUUUUGUUGGUGCAAAAUCCUGUUUUCGACAUUUCUCGUGAAAAAAAAAGAAAGAAAAAAAAAUAAGUAUUCAUAUAGUGGCGCCACUUGAAAUCUACGACUAAAGAGUGGAAGCUCCUAUUCCCCCCCCCAUUACGAAUUUUUCAUAUACACGUUUGAUUGGUUUACAUUAUAUAUCCUCGAAGUAAAAACUACGAUAGCCCGUUUCUUUGUCUCUUCAUAUAAAUUGAUGAUCAGAGAGAGAAAGAGAGAGAGAUAUUUUAAUUCAAUUCAAAAUGAAAGAAAAUGAAUACUCUAUGACGCAAAAGUUCUAAAAUGGUAAUCAUACGAUUUCGUAAUUUAGGAUAUAACUAUAGAAGAUCAUUGGAAUAGCACAAGUAUCAAUGAAAUAAUCGAGUGUUUGUAUCUCGUUGAAAUAAAAAUAUGCUGAAAUAAAUGCAGAUUUCCGCUGAAUCAUCAAGGGAUAGAUUAUUUUUAUGUACAUACACACAUAUAUAUAUAUAUAUAUAUAAACGUUCAGUCGAGUAGUGGCCGACAAGAUAGAGAAAAAAAUAGGGAGUAUGAUGGAAAGAGAAAGAGAGAGAAAAAAAAGGAAAAAAGAAAAAACAAAAAAAAAGCGACGAACUCACAAAAAAUAGUUUACGCUCCUUUUUGUCAAUAUAUGUUCCUAUCCAAAUUCUCUUUUUCAUAUAUCCUUAAUUUUAAAUAUUGAAAAACUUAUUUAUGAAGUUUGAAUAAAAUGAUUUUAUUGACUAAACCGGAACUUAAAUAUUUGGAUAAGAAUAAAAUUCAUGUAUCAAGAAGACCAAAAUUCUUAACCUGGAUCAUAUUUGUUUUAUAUACAAUUCUUUUCAUCUGGAUAUGUUAUCACGUGACGAAGAAUAUUUUUUUUCUGAUUGUCUCAAUUCUGGGAGAGAUAACGUUUUGUUUGGACGCUUUAGGGGAAUGGGAAGAUCUAAUUUUAAAUAAAGAAACUAAUAAGGCCAUUAUAUCAAGAUAUACAUGGAGCGACAAGUUAUGUUAUAAAUUUUUAAAUAAACAAUCCAUUCUGAUGGAAUUAGAUGAUAUAAGAUACGUUGGUGUAUCCAUUGAGUUAGGCCUAUUUAUCGUUCAUAAAAAUGGAAAUAUUGUUUCUAUUAAUAUGAAUGGCUUAACACGUAAAGAAAUACAAAUUUUAAGAAAAGAAAUCAAUUAUUUUUUGAAUAUGAGUCGUAUUCAAUGUUUAGAUUGUUUUCCAAGUGAUCCAUACGACCAGCUAAUUGUUAUUUCAGAUUCAGGAAAGGAACGGUUUAAAAAAUUGCCUAAAAAAUAUAAAUCCAUUUCAAUAUCUAAAGAAAUGUUACAGUCUAACAAUGAAAUGAAUGAUCUUAAAUAUUCGCUACAACAAAAUCUUAGUUCGCCAUUAUUAGGAUCCAAUAAGAUAGUUAAAUGUUGUCAAGAAAAGCAUUUAAGAAAAGGUCCAUAUACUGAAAAUAGUUUAUCUUUUGUUUAUUCCAAAUAUAUGAAACCUAUCUCUGUACGUUCUUAUGAACAUGAUACUAAUUUAAAAAUUUCUUAGAAAAAAAAAAAAAAGAAUAAGUUCUACGUGUUAAUGUUAACUAUUAAUCUUUAUUGAUUGAAUUAUAUAAAUUUAUGUUAAUUUUUAUCUAUAGUUCAAUUCAAACUAUUAAUUUUAUUCGCAUAUAUUUAUGUCAAUAAAUAUUACGUUCAAACGCAUAAUAAUAAUAAUUAUAUGCGCUUUAU